GGAGCCAGACCAGGACGGCGGCGAAGAGGGCGAAGUGGGCCGCCCCCUCGUAUUUGUGAGCCGCCACCGUCACCCAGAAGGCAGCCCCCAGCGCCAGCUGCCCCAGGCGCAGCAGCCCCAGCGGGCUCCGCAGCGGCCCGGGGCGAUGGGGACGCCGGCCUCGGUGGUGAGCGACCCUCCGGGGCGGGCGGCGCCCGCAGCCCUCGCCCGCAAACGGGCCUCGGCCAACAUCUUCCAGGGCGUGGAGUUGCCGGAGCUGCGGAGCCUGUUCCGGAGCGGCGGAGACGAGCGACCCGAGGAACGCGCCCGCCUCGUCUGGCGGUACGCGGGCCAGCGGCGCAUGGCCCGGGCCCUGCGACGGCUCCGGCGGCGGCGGCCGGCCCAGCCUGGUGGCGGAAUGGCGGCGCUGCGGCGCUUCGGCCGCCUGCGGAUCGCGGAGAAGGAGCCGGAGGGCGGCCGCGGGGCCGAGGCACCCUCGGACUCCACGGAGCUGGGCCGUGGAGGAGCGGGGCUGCUGGACAGCAAGUGCCGGGACAGCCGGGCUCUCUGAGGACACUAAUGUACUGGACUGGGUGCAAUGGUUAAUAAAAGGUAGACAGUGGUGGCUACGUGAGGCUCUAGCUGUGUCCUGCCCACCCCUGGCCUUCCUCCAGGGUGACAGGACCUUGGUCGAGGCUGUUGUACUGGAGUUGUUGCCCUUGUACCAGUGC